AAGGGUACUUGGUUCUUGGUACAGCACAACAGUCCCGUCAGCGAAUACUGGAAAACCCAGCAGCGCAGACCUCACUAAAUAAUUUAUAAACUUUUAUCUAACAUUAAUUUAUUUAUAAUGAAGACUUUCAUUCUUUUGGCUGCCCUCGCCGCAUUAUCAUCAGCAGCACCAGGCUACCUGUACGGUUACCACCAGCAACCAGCUCCACUGGCCCACGAUGGCCGCGUUGUUGAGACCCCGGAAGUAGCUCACGCGAAAGCAGUUCAUUUGGCAACUCAAGCUCACGAAGCGGCCCGUAACACCCACGGCUACGCCGGACACUACGGCUACGAUGAUCACCACGAAUACGCUUACGCUCCAGCACUCGCUUACUCUCACCCACACGUGAGCCACGUCUUCGCACCAACAAUUGCUCACCACGGACCCCCGGCACCUUUGGCUCACGAUGGACGUGUCGUUGACACCCCCGAGGUCGCUCAUGCCAAGGCUGCCCACCUCGCUGCCCAUGCUCACGAAGCCGCUAAAACUGGACACGGUCACGCUUACGCCGCUCCACUUUACUCUGCCUACGCCUACUCCCCAUCUUACUCUUACGGACACGCUUACGCCUACGGUGGAGCUCCUCUUGGACCAGACGGCAACGUCGUUGACACCCCCGAGGUAGCUCACGCUAAAGCUGCUCACUUCGUUGAAGUUGCCAAAGCAGCUGCUGAAUCCCACCACCACGGCCAUUAUUAUUAAUUAAUUUAGUCUUUAAAUUAAUUAAUCCCCCUUUUUUACUGUUGUCGAUUAAAUGUAUUUGGAUUUUGAUAUAAAAAAUAAAUUAUGUUAAAUAUUUA